GGUUUUGUAGCAAAGUUCGUGAAAUUCCAAAGUGUAUUUGUUUCAUAACUGAGUUCACAAACAUGAACAAAGAAAAUAGUAUUAAGUAGACAUACCACAUAUUCCAAUCAAUAUUCCAAGGUUUAUUUGUGAAAUAAGUGACAACGCAAAGAUGAACGCAGAUAAGAUCAUCGGUCGUGUUGAUGUCAGUAUGUUCGGAGAAAAAACAGGUAUUGCUGACGUAAAUCUCUUGGUUGAUGGACAGUCUAUUCCUGUCAGUAGGUCAGUUCUUAGCAUCACAUCGCCUGUGUUUAGGGCCAUGUUCCAGGGGGAUUUCAAAGAGAGGGUACAAGGCGUAAUACCACUACCUGGGAAGAAUUUGGACGAUGUAUUAACGUUGCUAAAGUGCAUAUAUCCGGACAUUAUGAUGACAGUAACAGAAAGUGUCGCUCUUGCAGUUCUUCCAUUGGCCGAGGAAUACCAAAUGACGUUGUUGAAAACAAAAUGCGAAGACACACUGUUGCAAUCAAUUGGCCAGAAAUUCGACGACCAGAAAGUCAAAGGCGGUGAUAUGCAAUACUGCGCUAAUGUGAGCGAUUUUCUGGACCUGUCGAACAGAUUAAGCUUACCAAGACUUAAACAAUGUUGCAUUUCUCUUGCCGCUGAUUUCAAACAUAGAGAACGCAAGCGAUACAUGUUAAGUUAUCAAUUUUCAGCUGAUAUAGUCAAACAAAUUGAUGAACUAGCAAUAUCACGACUUGAAAUUAGAUAUGAUGAUUUAUCAGCAAUUUCUCGGUUUGAAGUUUUCGAUAUCAGGAAACUUUUUAACUCAAGUCUUUAUCCCAAGGACAUAGAUACUCAUAUGAGAGGAUUGAGACUUGCUUAUUCGUUUGCAUUAGAUGAUAUUAAAAAGCUUGCAGUGUCGACGAUUCGAGCAGACAAAAAUAGUAAAAACUGGUCGCAUGACGAGAUGUACAACUUAUUGCCGGAAAAUAUUAAGCGUGAUAUCGAGUGUUAGCCGGCAAAGAAUGUGGAGUUAACAUAUCAUGAACACAAAUGCUGAAUAAAACGAUAACAAUCAUUUAAAAGAAUCAUACAAUUAUACAUGAAUGUCACAUAUCUUAUAUAUAAAGCGCAAUUUUGAUUUGUCGAUGAGUGCCAUAUACGAUGUUCGAAACACGUGAUAUAGACACCGAAAAGUGAUAAUGACUCAUCAUAAAAUGAGGCACAUUAAAGUGACACUCGUAUUCAGAAUCAAUAUAUACAGUAAUACACAUGUAUAACAAACAUAAAUUUUGAGUGAUAAACCUUUAAUACUUACUAAAUAAUGAAAUGAUGAAAAAUAUUAAUAACUGAUAACAAGAUUGUAACUUUGUAUUCAACAGCUGAAAACUAAAAAAAAAACAAUGAUUAGUGAGUGCAUAAAUAUUUAUUGUGAUCUACUUUAAUAGUAUCAUAAGGUAGAAAUGCCAUGUUUACUGCACCUUUCUGUGUCAAUUGUGGCCAAUCUUAUUUGGAAGUAAGAGUGCAUCUUUAAGCUCUAAUUGGUGUACAGAUUCUAAUGCAAAGUACAGUAUCUGUUAUUCCUUUUUUUAAGAUGUUUGGUAUGCAAUGUGACAAGAAUAUUCUUAUGUUUUUAGUCACUUUGUUGUUUUCCUCAUUUUCAAGGUGAUAUCGAGCUCGGAAUAGAAUUCUAUAAUUUUUAAUGUAGCAUGUUUUGUUUUUAUUUAUAUAUUCAAUCAAACCAACAAUAGUCUUCUGACUGUUUAAGUAUUGCAAGUGUGAGGUUAUAGCCAUGCUAACUAGUUUAAGCCCCAAGUAGACUCGAAUUCCAGGGAACUCUUGUUUCACUGACCGUUCCAAGGCGGUAAUCCCAUCAUUUAAAGGGGCUGUUUCAGUAUGAUAAAAUAACGAAAAAAGAGGGAAUUGUCGAAAACUGACUUAAACUUGGUAUCGAUGUGUACAAUGCAUUGAAACUUACUAACUGAAGUACCACAUAGUUUACAAUUUAUUUAAGUUUAGCAGUUAUUUCGUAUUUUUCCAUUAAAAUUUUUUAACUGGGUAUGUCUACCAGGAUGAAUUCAUUCCUUAUGCGUGAUAAGCUAGUCGGUGUUAUCAUGUGAUAUUACCGAGGUAGGUGUAUAGCUAAAUUAUGUCUCCCUUUUUGAUUUAGCCGUCAUAGCUCAGUGGAUACGACGCUGGAAUGCAAUUUUGGCGACACGGGUUCGAACCCGGUUUCUGACACAUUUUUUUUUUAGAUGUUGGUCCUUUUUUACAAUAUUAUUAUGAUAACAAAGCGUAACACAUUCUAUAAGAUAAUUGUCAUGAGAUUCGUUACAGAAAAAAACAACUUGUUUUGGUGCAAAUCUGAUGUACAGUCCCUUUAAUGGUCAAGCACUUUUGACGAGGAUAUGGUUAGUUUGUAAUGUUUCCAUAUGUGCUGUUUAUUAAUAACUUUAAAAUGUGUUAUUGAAAAGCGCGUAUAUCAAUUUUUAUCCAAAUUUGUACGAUAUAGUAAUAUCUAUAUUGUGCUAUGUAUUUAUAUAUUCAUAAUGUAAUAUCAAUUCAUUGGUAGUUUAUGUUCUUAGUUAUAGUACAGUACAUUCAUGUAUUUAUAUAGCCAUCAUUUAAUCCCAAUGUUUCGUGAUUCUAUAGUUAUCUUCGAAGUAUAGUACAUUCUUGUAUAUUCAAUUUUAUGUAUUGUUGUGAAUAUCAUAUAAAUAUCAGCUCUA